GCAUACAAAACGUUUUCUCGCCACUUUCUACUACUGAUACAAUUAGCAGGCAGCGUCAGAAUGUCGCCCGCCUCCGCCAACGUUGUGCAGGUACGGCGGGCCGGUUGGACCGGACCGCGGUGGCGAUCGGUGACGUCAUUGUGCACGUUCGACUUUCGGAAGUUUUCCUCCUUCCCUUUGCCUUCCUCAAACUUUGCGUGUCAAUGGGAAGCAGAGGAGGAGUCAAGUGCGACACUCUUUUUCGCUUGCAGGCACGCCGCCGAAUACCUGUACACCCCGACUUGAGCACAGACCGAUUCAACAGGAAACCGAAGAAAUAAAUGCCAACGCUCGGACCGCUUUCGGACCCACUCGGGAGCUCAGUUUUCAGCAACUCAUCCCCGAUGACCCUCGAAGAAAGCCUGGAUGAGUGCAUGGAGGCCCUGGAUCUCUUCCUAAACAAUCACUUCAAUGAGAGUAUGGAGAGGCUGCGGUCAAAAGUGGAUGAAAGCAUGUACCAUGCUCUCAUUUAUGCCACGGUCCUGGAAAUGCAGGCCAUGAUGACUUUCCAGCACGAUGACAUCUGCGACGCUGGAGCCACCAUGAAGAGUGCUCAGGAUCUCUGUCAGAGGUUCCGCCGUAAAUCUCCAAAUUUAGGGAAGUCAACGGGGGAGCCGCUCACUGAAGAGCAGCUCCAUGCUGAAGUGUGUUACGCAGAGUGCCAACUCCAAAGAGCUGCUCUCACUUUCCUACAGGAUGAGAACAUGGUGAGUUUUAUCAAAGGUGGGAUCAAAGUACGAAACAGUUACCUGAUUUACAAAGACUUGCAUUCCUAUGUCAAAUCUCAAAGCUGUUUGAAAGGACCCAGCCACACUCACUUAGAGGGCGGCAUUUCUUUCGGGAUCGGAGCAUUUAAUUUGACGCUCUCUUUAUUUCCGCCACGGAUACUAAAACUAUUAGAGUUUGCCGGCUUCUCGGGAGACAAGGAUUACGGGUUGUCCCUGCUUGACGAUGGCGCGACGGCGCCGAACCUGCGUUCCAUGCUGUGUGUUCUGCUCCUGCUUUGUUACUACACCUUUCUCACGUUCAUACUCGGUACGGCUGCUUUCUAUCCCAACCCAUCCGCUUGCUCCUGUAAGCUGUUUUCUCUCUCAGGAACAGGCGAGGGACACGUGGUAGAAGCGGAAAGAUUGCUGAAAAUAUUCCGGCUGCGCUAUCCGCGGGGAGCAAUCUUCCUGUUUUUUGCCGGCAGGGCAGAGGAGAUGAAAGGAAACAUCGAUGAGGCGGUGGCUCUAUUUGAAGACGGCUGCAAGGCCCAGCAAACGUGGAAGCAGUUCCAUCACAUGUGCUACUGGGAGUUGAUGUGGUGCUUCACGUAUAAGCGAGCGUGGAAAAUGGCCUAUUUCUACGCAGACCUACUCAGCAAGGAAAGCCGCUGGUCCAAGGCUAUGUACAUCUACAUGAAAGCCGCGUAUCUCAGCAUGCUGCCCAGGGAAGAGGAACGUCCCUUCGGAGAGGACGAGGUGGAUCUCUUCAGACAAGUGCCUCUCUUCAAGCAGAAGAUAGCCGGGAAGUCUCCCCCCACGGAGAAGUUUGCCAUCCACAAAGCUCGCCGCUACAAAGCCCCGUGCCCCGUGAGGCUCUCGGUGCCCGUGCUGGAGAUGAUGUACAUGUGGAACGGUUUCAGUAUGAUCAAAAAGCGACCGGAGCUGACCGAAGGCAUCAUCCAGACUCUGGCGGAGGCCGAGCGCACGCUCUUGGAGUCUCCAGAAAACGAGUAUUCCCUGGAUGACCGUUGUGUCGUCCACCUGCUGAAGGGAAUGUGCUUGAAAAACCAGGGGCUCCUCCAGGGCGCCGAGGAAUGCUUUCAUAAAGUUUGUUCGAGUGAGAAGAAGCUCAAGUUCGACCACUACCUCAUUCCCAAUUCCAUGGUGGAGCUCAGUCUCCUCUUCGUUGAACAAGGCCGACGGGACGAGGCCAUCAAGCUGCUCCACAAGGCCAAAAACAACUACAAAGAAUACUCGAUGGAAUCUCGUACGCAGUUCAGGAUCCACGCCGCUCUGGCCAAACUGAAGGCGGGCUCUGUCGACGAAGACUAAACUCAUCCAUAGGGAGAGAGACAUUUUAACACCGAGGGCACUCUUCAAUUGCCGUCAUCGAGACACUUUGGCAGAUUUAGCCGAUGCGCGGUUUCAUCAACUGAAUGCUGCACUUAUAUUGGUUUUUUUUUUUUUUUUUUUUGACAUUUGAGAAAAAGAAGACCCCAUUGGUGUCAAAACAGUAGAAAGAAGUUGUAUAGUUUUGAAUAGAACUCCGCUUUUAUAAAAUAUGUGUAUAAAGACA